UGAUUGGCCCGCGGCGGUCACGCGGCGCUGGUGGGGCUGUGACGCUCGCGGCGGCGAAGGGGUUCGGCUUGUCAGAGUCCCCAGAAAAUAAAAAUAUAUUUCAUAAAGUGAAAAUCAGAAGUAGCUGCUGACAUAGAGAGAAGUGUACUAAGGAUCAUUUCUUGAGGAAAUUUUUUUAAGAUGUGGUGAAGAGCCUGUAUUUUCCCCUGUGUGGUAUAUAGUGCCUUAAAAAAUGGGGUUUGGAGGUGACCUGAAGUACUCUCAUGAUGCUUUAUUAAAACUGCAAGACUGGGAACUGCGACUGCUGGAAACAGUGAAGAAAUUUAUGGUUAUGCGAGUAAAAAGCGAUAAGGAGUAUGCCUCCACUUUACAGAAUCUUUGUAAUCAAGUAGAUAAAGAGAGCACUUGUCAAUUGGAUUACAUCAGCAAUGUGUCCAAGUCUUGGUUGCUUGUGGUACAGCAAACAGAACAGCUGAGCAAAAUAAUGAAAACGCAUGCAGAGGAUCUUAAUUCUGGGCCUUUGCAUAGGCUUACAAUGAUGAUCAAAGAUAAGCAGCAGGUUAAGAAGAGUUUCAUAGGUGUUCAUCAACAAAUUGAAGCAGAGAUGUACAAGGUCACAAAGACAGAACUAGAGAAACUAAAAUCUAGCUAUAGACAACUAAUAAAAGAAGUAAAUUCUGCCAAAGAAAAGUAUAAAGAAGCUGUGGCGAAAGGAAAGGAGACUGAGAAAGCCAAAGAUCGGUGUGAGAAAGCCACUAUGAAACUUCAUAUGUUGCAUAAUCAGUAUGUGUUGGCACUGAAAGGAGCACAGUUACAUCAGCACCAGUAUUAUGAUACUACACUUCCUCUGUUACUUGAUUCACUACAGAAGAUGCAAGAAGAAAUGAUUAAGGCUCUAAAAGGAAUCUUGGAUGAGUAUAGCCAGAUCACCAGUCUUGUAACAGAAGAGAUUGUGAAUGUCCAUAAAGAGAUCCAGACCUCGGUUGAACAGAUAGACCCUAACUCUGAGUAUAAUGACUUCAUAGAUACACACAGGUCAUCAGAAGUUGUUGAACAAGAAAUAGAGUUUGAUACAUCUUUACUAGAAGAGAAUGAAAACCUUCAAGCUAAUGAGAUCAUGUGGAAUAAUCUGACAGCAGAAAGUUUACAAAUCACGUUAAAAACUGUAAUAGAAGAGCUGAUUCAGACACAGCAAACCCUUUUGAGCAAAGAGGAGCUUGUGUUGGAACUGGAGAAAAAAAUAGAAGAGUCCUCUAAGACUUGUGAAAAGAAGUCCGAUAUUGUACUCUUGCUGAGCCAAAAGCAAGCGCUGGAAGAACUUAAGCAAACAGUUCAGCAAUUAAGAUGCUCUGAGGCAAAAUUUGCAGCCCAGAAAGAGCUGCUGGAACAAAAGGUUCAAGAGAAUGAUGGAAAAGAGCCACCACCUGUAGUGAAUUAUGAAGAAGAUGCCAGAUCUGUGACUUCUAUGGACAAGAAAGACAAAGUCUCAAGAUUUGAUACUAUACGUCAUUCCAUAGCUGGAAUUAUAAGGUCUCCAAAAUCCAUGCUGGGCUCAUCCUCGUUCUUUGAUGUAAUUUCAACCACUGAGAAACCGCUGGCUGAGCAAGACUGGUAUCAUGGUGCAAUUCCAAGAAUAGAAGCCCAGGAGCUGUUAAAACAGCAAGGAGACUUCUUGGUGCGAGAGAGCCACGGGAAACCUGGUGAAUAUGUCCUUUCUGUGUUUUCAGAUGGACAACGGAGGCACUUUAUCAUACAAUAUGCUGAUAAUCAGUAUCGUUUUGAAGGAACUGGGUUUCCAACUAUUCCUCAGCUCAUAGAACAUCAUUACACAACAAAGCAAGUUAUUACAAAGAAAUCGGGUGUUGUUCUGCUGAAUCCUGUUGUUAAGGAUAAAAAAUGGGUUCUCAAUCAUGAAGAUGUCACAUUGGGAGAAUUACUGGGCAAAGGUAAUUUUGGUGAGGUGUAUAAGGGAACAUUAAAAGAUAAAACUCCUGUUGCUGUAAAAACUUGUAAAGAAGAUCUUCCUCAGGAAUUGAAAAUAAAAUUUCUGUCAGAAGCCAGAAUACUCAAACAGUAUGAUCAUCCUAAUAUUGUAAAACUUAUAGGAGUUUGCACACAACGACAACCUAUUUAUAUUGUUAUGGAACUUGUUCCAGGAGGUGAUUUCCUGUCCUUUUUGAGAAAAAAGAAGGAUGAUCUAAAAACCAAACAGUUGGUGAAAUUUUCAUUAGAUGCUGCUUCUGGUAUGGCAUAUCUCGAAUCUAAAAAUUGUAUACAUAGAGACCUAGCUGCAAGGAACUGCUUGGUAGGUGAAAGCAACAUUUUGAAAAUAAGCGAUUUUGGAAUGUCCCGGCAAGAGGAUGAUGGUGUGUACUCAUCAUCAGGCCUAAAGCAGAUUCCUAUCAAGUGGACUGCUCCAGAAGCUCUCAACUACGGGAGAUAUACGUCUGAGAGUGAUGUGUGGAGCUUUGGAAUCCUUUUGUGGGAGACCUUCAGUUUAGGAGUAUGUCCGUACCCUGGAAUGACCAACCAGCAAGCACGAGAACAAGUCGAGAAAGGUUACCGAAUGUCAGCACCACAAAAAUGUCCAGAAGAAAUACAUAAAAUAAUGCAAAGGUGCUGGGACUACAAACCAGAAAACCGGCCAAAAUUCAGUGAGAUUCAGAAAGAGCUGUCUUCAAUCAAAAAGAAAGUGACAUAGUGAUGAACAAGUGCCAAACUUAAUGUCUGGGACUUUUAUUUUCCAGUGAAGUAAUUUUUUUCCCCUCAAACACUAUGCAUUUAUACAACAUUAUUUGCAAUAUUCUUCUAUGAUUACUUUGAAAUUAACUGGUUUUCUAUAAUAUGUGUACCAUCUUGAAUGAUGUCUACACCUACAUUAAAGACAUAUACUGCGAAACGUUAUAUAUCCAGUCACAGUAAUCAUGUCAUUUAGGUUACACGUAAAUAGAAAAGCACAUACUGUAGAUUUAAGAGACUGUGGCUUCUAUCUGUUUUACAGCCAGUAACUGUUAGUGACAUUUUUCAAAAGGUUUCUACUCUAAGCUGUGUUCUCACUCUGCUGUCCUUGUCCUGUACGUCAAUACCAGCAGCACUCUAAUGUGGUGACUGUCAUACAUGUUGGCCUUAAAACUGGAGACAGUUUUGACAUGUAUUUCAAUUAGAAACUUUCAUAUUUUUUAAUUUCUUUCUGCAACUGAUAUUUUAAAGUGAUGCUUUGUUUUAAGGAUGAAGGUCAGUUAGAUUCUGGAUGCAGAUGUGCUUACUGAGUAGUGAAAUCCAGAAAUUUCUUUUGUAGAAAAUUGAGUUACUUGUGCAUUUCUUACCCUACUGUAGUAACUACUUCUGACUUUUGAUGUGAUUUACUUGAUGCCUUUUGUUCAAAGACAUCAGAAUUCAGUAAUAUAUCUCCUUUACAAUGACCUAUGUUUGUUUAAGAAACAAAAAAGCCAGUAUCAAGUCUUGACUAUACAUGUUAAGAAAUACUGCAAAUCACCUGCUUUCCAAAGAAUAUGUAAAAGCAGUAGGCCAGCAGAAAGAGAUUUACUAAUGAUAGCAGCAAAUAACAAAUACUGAUCUUAGAGUAGUUAAAGAAUGUGAAUUGCUAGAUUUGUUUAUCAUAUUGAUUUUUUUUCCUUGAAUUGAUAAUAAUUCUCAGAAUGCAGCUGAAGCCUACGAAAGUUUAUGCUAAGCAAAAGUUCAUUCCACGCAUAGUGUCCAAAGGAAAAUACUACUUCUGUAUGGCAUAAGGAAAUUGUUCAAGCAACCCAAAUAAGAAGUAUGCCUCUGGCAGGCUUACCAAGGCAGGGUAGAAAUGCUAACCUUCUAAUUUCUUUAAAUCAUUGCAGUGGGAUUUCAAAAGAUUGGGGAUAGGCAAGUUUUAAAUGCCACCGGGAAUAAAAACUUUGUGUGUAUAUAUAUAUAUAAAAACAAAAAACAAACAAACAAAACAAAAAAAACCAAAAAAAAAAAAAAACCACAAAAAAAACCCGGGGGGGGGGGAAACACCAAAAAAAAAAAAAAAAAAACAACACCCACACCUGCCAGAAGGAAUAAAAUCUUAUUAAAUAGGAGAGAGAGGAAAGGCACAGCUUGUUGCUCUGUGUCCUCUUUGGGGCUGUAAUUAUUUUCUAGAGCCCUACAAAGGAAGAGGAACAAGUUACAGUAUCCUGGUCUAAGUUCCAGAGUUAAGGUGCUUAAAAUUUUUGUGAGAAUUAACUAAAAUUUUUUUGGAUCAAGGGAUGCCAGUUGCUGCUAAUGCAAGUAAGAAACAGGGACUGUAAGUAACACAGCAUCUGGAAUGUUAAUUAGCCGUAUAUUUUAUUGUUACAUGGGGAUUGAGAUGUAGUGAAGUCAGUAGCUACAUUACAUUUUUAUUUCUGUUAAGGUGACUUUUCUAUUGUUCACAAUAUUUUUGCUCUCUAAAGUGUAUUUAUAGUAGUACUGAGUGGUAAUGUUUAAGGGCUAUGUGUGACCAAAAUAUGUGUAGUAUAGAAGAGUUUGUAUGUUAUGUUGGAGUUAGUGUCCAAAUAAAACAAUGAAUGAUCAUGCUGGAGCAUAUCACCUGCAGCUGAGGUGGAAGUCUCAGCAUCCAAGUAUAAGGAAUGGUGAGUGCUUCUUGCAUUUAAGUGGGUUGUUUUUUUUUUCUUGGAGCUAAGGAAGCAUAUACAUACUCGUGGAGAUAUGCUUGGAAAACUUGGUGGCAUAAAUUUAAUCUUCCUUAUAAGCUUACUGGAUAUAUUUACUUAGUUCUGUACUUCCAAGUAGCCCAAAAAUAUUUUUCAAGAGCAAUGGGAAACAUUCUUCUUAGUUUAUGUGCUUUUAAGUAGUACACAGUUUGUGCCUUAAUUUGCUAGUAUGCUAAUGCAAAUGCAAGUGUACUAAGAUUUAAGGAAUGUUCCACAAUCAUUUGGAAAAAUCCAAGAUUCACUCAACCGCAGGUCCUUACGUAUGCAUCAGUAAUGGAAGAAUUAGUGUCUCCCCUGCCAGCAUUCACAACUUCUCUAGAGAGUUAAUAUUCUUCUGUGAAAGAGAUGAACUGAUUUUUUGCUAUAUGCCCUCUUGGCAGCAAAGAAACACUGUUUUAUUUUUGUAAAAUAAAAUACCAUUUUAUUUGUCUUAAAUUAACCAGUCACCAUCCUAACUGUCACAUAAAGAUAAAAAUUGUACUCGUAUUUUAUUCAGAAAUACUUAGCAUUUAUAAUUCAUAUCACAUUUCUGUUUAAAGGCUUUUUAAAACAUGGGAUUUCUACAGCAGCAAGAAAAUUCAUUAUUGUUCCUGAAGUAGGCAUCAGUUCAGUUCAAAAAUAAUAACUCUCUGGGAGAAUACCAGAAUGAGUUUAUGGGUAUAGAAUAAACCUAAAUACAGGUACAUGUCUCUUCAGUUACUUAAACUUUUUCUUACCAUUAAUUUGGUGGUUUGUGGCAGAACUUGUUAAUCAUGUCUCACUUGUAAUUACUGCAAUUAUAUAAUUUAGGAGGUGGAAUCCAUACCUAUAGAUACUGGGUUUAAGCUUUUGUGAACUUCUCACAGAGGAGUUCAUAAACAAACCUGUCAUACAAUGAAAUUUAGAAGGAAGACAUGGUAAUCAAUAACCAACACCGCUGUAUCUGUUUUCUGUGGACUUUUGAUGACUUAGUCUUGCAUAAUUCAUAGGUUAGCCAGAUACUGGCCAUUUGGUUCAUGUACUGUGUUUAUCCUGGAGAACUUAUAAAAAAGUUAAGACUGUUGCAAGUGUAGUGUUUCAGGUAGGUUCUUGCACCGGCGCUGUCCCAACUAGUGAGACUCUAAGGAAAUCCUGAUUUUUUUACGCUGUUGAAUGGGAGAAACUGAAUACUGUUUAGAGUCAAGUAGAAAUGCCUCAGCGUAUUAAGUAACAUGGAAUUCAACAGGUUAUCUGUUAUUUUCCUCUUUUUCCAAGGAAUUGCAUUUAUUAAGAAAGAUUGUUUUGAGGGCAAAAAAAUGUAUCCUUAGUUUGUUUUCAAUGGAAAUUAAGCACACGUUAGCUUUAGAGUUCAGUCAUCAGUGAAAUCAUGAGGAUUCCUAAGCAUUUUAAUUUAAUGGAAAGUAAGAUAGCGAAAAGUGUCUUGUCUGAAAACAAACCUUGGUUCAGCAAAGUGAGAUCUUGUAGAGUCAGCAUCCCAUCAAUGCGUUCUCUUUGAAACAUACAUUUUCAUUAGUUUCUAAGGAAACCAAUGAACUAGUUUUCAUUUAGCAGCUACAGUUAUAUUUCAUUUCUUCUUAACAAAAAUCUGCCUUUCUGCAGAGUUUCCUAAUGUUUUCAUUGGAAGUUGUCAUUGGAACAUGCAUCACCAGAAGGCUGUCAGUAAGAACUGCAGUUUGUAAAGUAAGCCAGAUCUUACUCAUGAGAAACAGAAGACUAUUUAAGGCAAUAGUAGAUUUUUCAGACUAAAGUACUUUUUCAUCCAUUUCUUUGACCAUCAAUUAUUCUUACUCAAAUCCUACAAGCACAUCACUGAAAUCUACUGCACAUCACUAAAACUAUGAAGUUAUCUAUUUGCUGUCCCUUAUAACUAUUUUGUUACCUUUUUUUGCAUCCAUUGCAAAGACAUUAAAGAAAAAAACCACUCUCCUGAGUGCACUUGGAUUUGCAACAAUUCUAUGACUGAGCAUGAGUUUGAUAUUAAAAGAAACUGAUGAAUUUUUUUUCCUAAAGCACUAGAGGACUUGUGAUAUUUUUGGAAGCAUUCUUGCUAGGCAAGUCAGGAUAUGUGGAGGGAAGAAUAAGAGGGAAGAAUACCCCUACUACCAAGCAAGGUAAAUUUUUUUCCUUCUUAGAGUCAUUCGUUCAAUUCUUCACUUUCAGGAAUACAGGACUUUAAUAACUAAUUAGAAAGUACAGGGCAGGUAAAGUAUUUCUGAAGUUCCAAACAACCAGGAGUUUUCAAGAGUAAUCUGGUAAGUUUGGAACAUCAGCUCUGUUAAAAAUCCUUGCUUCUAGUUUCCUUCUGCAGAUUUACCAUAAAAGAAGCAGUCCUUAAACAAUCAUCAGUAACAAGUUACAAGAAAAUUGCAUCAGGCUCAGAAACCUAUCAAGCUUCUGUAAGAGUAACUUAAGUAAAGAAAUAUUUUUUUGUAAUCUUGUACUAGAAUCCCCACAGGAUAGCUUUCGUUAAAUAACUAAAUAAAUAAAUAAUAAAUAAAAAUAAAUAAAAAAGCUUAAAAAGCUGAAAGGUCCAAACUGAAGCAGAAGAAUACUUUCACUUGUCACAUUUUGAACAGUCAUUCAAGUAUUGCCACAUCUUCUUUCCUGAAACUGAUAAUGCACGUGUGGUUUCCGCUCUAACAUAAUUUUCAGCAUUGCAUAUUAGUGUGUUACAAACACUCAACUUUACUUUUAGACCACAGAAGGGAAGAUUCUCUCAUUGAAAAGUGCAGCAAGAUCUGCCUGGCAGCUCCUACAUUUUCCUUAACUUCCACAUUCAGCUAUCAUCAGAGUCAUUGUGUUCAUUAUAAUAAGCACCAAACGGAACAGGAGCUGGAAGCUAGACAUUGUCUUUAAAUCAGCAGCUAAUCCCCAAAAUUUCACAGAUUUGUCUCUAGAAGCCAAUUUGGGCUUGGUUCUCUGUCAAAUAAGCAAAAGAAAUUUCUGUAUUUCAGCCUUACUACUUAUCAAGAAAACAGGAAGGUUCAGAGAUAUAUUUACUUUUUGCUUCAAGGGCAUGCUACCUCCACCAGUAACUGAAAGGUACCCUUAUGUCCCUGUUGUGUCUCUCUGUCUCUUUAACAUAAAAUUCUAACUGGAGUGUAUGUCCAGGUGUAGAACUUGGGUGUUAACUCUGAGUUGGUUCAUUUUCAGGAAAUUGUACAUUAUUAGCUCGUUUAGAACACAAUUUUCAUAGGCAUCAUCUAGGUAGGACUUAAGUAAGGAUUUUCAGAUGGUUUGGUUUGGGGUUUUUUUUUCUUGUCUGAUGAAGGACUAGUUAUAUUGCUAGCUACAUACAUUGUUAUUUUGCAACUGUUUCAGAUUAUAGCUAUGAGAGUAGUUCAUUUAUAAAUCUCAGAUUAUGUGUGCCUUCUCUAAAUCCAAACCUGUUAGCCAUAUUUGCAAAAAAAUGGAUAAAUAAAGCCCUCAAAUAUAAUUGACAGAGGUCAUAAAGUGAAAACAUAGAGAAGCCAUGAACUACAUACAUUCUUUCUUUCUCUAUACUCCCAGAAUUGAAUGCUUUGUAAAUAGAACUUGCAGUAGCUGGCUUUGUGUUUAUAGAUAAAUAUAAAUAAGUUCACAAACCAGUAUGAUAACAUAAGACUCACAUUGCUACAGGCAAAGAAAGUUUGCAAAAAAGUGCUCCUAAAUUGCUAGUAUCUGGAACUGUCAUCUAGUUUUAGAACUACAAAUGGUUAUAGAUAAGUACAUAACUUAAGUUUUCUGAGUUUGGUAAGAGAGACAGUGCAUGCUUCUCCAUUGAAACUCAAUUUAAGGCAAUUACGCUUUUUAAAAGAAAAAUUGGAUGGAUCUAUGAUUCCUCUAGGUUACAUACUGAAACUAUAUGCCAGAGGUUUCCACCACUAAAGAAAGAUUCACACUACUGCCUUUGCAUGUAGCCAGUUCAGUCUUUCUCAGCAUGUAAAGAAUUCCAUAAUUGUUAAAUGCAGUAGUAACCAAAAAGCUUGGAUGAAUGAUAUAUAAACUACUUUAUUCUGAUGUUUCGCUUCAGUUCUUAAAGAAUAUUUCUGCUUUUCAGAAGGGCUGCAGUAAGCUUACAGUUCUAGCUGAUUUCUGCUGUAGUAAUCUCCCUUAUUGCAUCUCCCAAACAUUUCCUGAUUCUGAUGUGUCCGUGUACCACAGAUGAUGCCCUUUCACGUGCUUAAAAAAAGUUACUCUUGUGACAGAAAAGUUCAAAUAUAUCUCUGCUUUUUUUCUUUUUUUUGACUCAAGAAUAUUGCAGUGAUGUUAUACCCUGAUACCUGUGGCAAUGUAUUUGUAUGAAAACAGAAGUAACUGUGAAUCAAGUUGAUGCACAUUGUUCAAAUCAUGUUUUUAAUCAUGUUACAAACUCUAAAUAUAUUGUAAAUUGUCCACACUGCGAAAGACAUCAGAAAAACAACAUUCCCAACUGCCUAGUUUACAAUACAGAGCAUCCUGCUUCUACUACGGAAUAAAUAUAACCCUAAAUAUGCUCCUUGGAAAAGGAAUGAUUAUGUUGCCCAACCAGUUCCAAACACUGUCUUUAAAAUUAACAGAAGUGACUUAAUUCCAACUAAGCGUCUUUGUAAACUUCCUUCUACUUAACACACCUUUACAAAUAGUGUUAAUUUUCAUUAUUGUCAUCCAUUUUGCUUUUAGAAAUCUGACUUCUGCAUAUCAUAGAACAUUUACUUAUACUGGUGAUUAUACCCCCCACCACCACCACGAAGUGCAACUUCAGAAGAUAAGCAUUGCUAAGUCAGUAAAAGUCUACAGGGAACUGUUCUUUCACUGGAUGGCUGACUUGAUAUGGGUUAAUGCAUUUUAAAUAUCACUGAAGUAAUGGGUACAAUUAAAACCUGUUACACAGUUUGAACAGCAGUAUUCCUUGGUCAAGAUAUCUCUGCAAUGGUAAUUUUUCUAUUUGAGUUGAACUCGACAGGAAGGUACGUUCCUUCCUCUCUAGUUCAUCAGAGAACUGCUGUGUUGAGGUAGCCAGUUCAGGUGGCUGAUAGCUAGUGUGGAUGCAGUGAGGAUGCCAUAGAGAAGGUCUGCAUGGCCUCUCUUUAUAAUAUGCCUGUGCUCACGGCGAGUCGCUAAUAAAUUCACUAGAGACUGGAAGUCUGCUGUACCUCUGAGUGCAGCUAAUUCCUUAAAUCACCUGAAGUUGUAGUGCUUUAAGCAGAAAUUGUGACAUUUUUUUCUGUGUCAUGAAAUGCAAUAUACAGUGGGGAGCUGCUGCAUUAUUUUCCUUCCACCUCCUGCUCAGUCAUGUCACAGAUUUAAAGUCUUCCAAGUCUUCAAUAGACAGAAACAUACUAGAAGAAACAUACCUGUUUCUGCUGUUAAUUGUAUCAUUACCUGUAACUGACCACUUACCUUUUUCUUUUUCCACUCAACUUCCCCCCUAAUUUUUGCUAAAAACAUGAAAUAGGAAAAAAAUCAUGAUACAGGUUCAUCACACAGGACACAAAAGGCAGGCAGACUCCUGCAAAGAAAAUCUUGAGGUCUGAAAGCCAGCAACAAACACCUGCCUUGUCCCUUCUGUUAAAGGAGUGUGUAGUUACAUGCAUGUUCAUGUGGUUUCCAGAGAUGGAAGUUGGACUAAGAUUGGUGGGACUGCUGCUUGUUUCAGUUGCAAGUGUUACUUUUCCUUUGUACCAUAGGCAGCUGGAGAUGGAGGAGAGGUGUUGGGAAUGGAAGGAAGGUUGGUCACUGACCUGCUAGCGCACACAAGACUUUUGACACCAGUAACCUUGAGUGGAGCACAGAUACCAUUUGCAAAUGUGUUUAGAUUUCUAUUUGAUUUUGUGCCAAAGUAUGCACCAGCAAGUUUGUCAGGUAAAGCACCUUUUAUACUCUUUGUUGUUUAAAAAUAAUAUAUUUGUGAAACAGAUUGAUAAAACAUAACACUGGAAAUGGGUGCUUCUUCCCAAAAGUACACAUGUAAAAAAGAUAAAAGGGAAACAACAGUUGUGCAUUUAUCUGACUUUUAAGCAAGUCUGAAAUAACUAUAUAAUACAGUUGCCAGUUAUCUGUCCUUUAUAAUUUUAAAUAGAUCUGCAUUUUAACUUUAUUUAUUUGCCAAUUUUUAUUAAAGUUACAUUUUUGAACCCAAUCUAACUUUUUUAUUUUCCUAGGCUGUUAAAACAAAAUUUCAAUAUUCUUGUAAACUGCAGACCUUUUUUGAAUAGUCCUGUGUCUUCUCCUAUGGACCAGUUACCACUAAUGAGUCUGCAGCCCCCUUUUUACUGUACUCUUCCAAUAAAUGUAAAAUAUUUGUACCAA